CGAAAAAUUGAAAGGCCUUGUAGAAUUCUCCAUCUCCCUCCAAAAUCAAACUUCUUUGGGCGUUAGCAAUGGCGUCGAGCUCCGCCGCUCGAUCCGGCGGCGCCGCCACCAGAAUUCGGAACGCUGCUUCCACUAUCUGCUCCGAUAACCAGUCUCUUAUUGGGGAUAUUCGAAAGGGUUUUAGUUUGAUUAAGGAUCUCGCCAUCGAUUUCGAGAGAGAAAAUCAAUCCGCAAAGGUGAAGGAGCUAGAGGAUGCUUCUAUGGAUCUGUUGAAUGCGUAUGAGAAGUGUAGGAAUCUCUCAGUGGCAAUUCAAUUUGUUGGAGAUCAUUACCAGCCCAGAGAGGGGUUAACUGAUUUCAAGAAGAUGUUGGAGGAUGAGAUUUCAAAGGUCGAGGCUAAUUCGUCAUCGGAUCUGCACAAAAAUCCUCUUAGGCGCCAAUUCAUGGAAGCUGUCUGGAAUGUUCAUCACAGUGGGCAGCCUAUGCCAGGUGACGAGCAGGAGGACAUAGUGAUGACCAGCACACAGUGCAACGUUCGUAAUAUAAAUUGCCCAGUAAGUGGAAAACCCAUUACGGAGCUUCAAGAUCCAGUUCGCAGUGUAGAUUGCAACCAUAUUUAUGACAAGGCGGCAAUCAUGCAUUACAUAAAGUCGAAGACUUUGAGGAAGGCGCCUGCAAAGUGCCCCGUUGCAGGUUGUCCCAAGAUAUUGCAUCCGGGUAACGUGAUGUGUGACCCAUUGUUACGUAUUGAAAUCGACGAGGUGCGCGCCAUGAGUAAGCAAACUGCUGCAACUGAAGUGAUAGAAGACUUCACCGAGCUUGAAGAAGAAUAGGGUGAGUAGUGAUCAUGACAGAACAUUUUCCUGACUCUGAUUGUAUGUCAUAUGCCAUUGGAGGACUGUUCCAUGGUUUUUGUAUAUUGCAUCUACUGGUUGGUAAUUAGUUCAGGAUGUUCAUACGUUAGGGAGUUAUUGACUUCUCGUGUCCGCGGAAAAAA